AUGUCAUAUACAAAAGAACAGGAAUCAAUAGUAUUAAAAGUUCUUUCAUAUAAACCAAAUCAAUUUUAUGAAAUACUUUCAGUUACAAAAACUGCAGAUGAAAAUGAAAUUAAAAAAUCAUAUAGAAAAUUAGCUAUAAAAUGUCAUCCUGAUAAAAACUCGCAUCCUAGAGCUAGUGAAGCUUUCAAGUUUAUAAAUAAAGCUUGGGGUGUUUUAAGUGAUCCUGAUAAGAAAAGAAUAUUCGAUCAAACUGGUGCUGAUCCUGAUUCAAGAUUUACCCCAUCCGCUGGGGGCACAUCAGGAUUUUCUAGUGGCACACACCCUAUGUUUAACGGUGGAGGAGCAAGAGGUGGAGUACCGUUUGAUGAUGAUAUAUUCAACAUGUUCUUUGGAGGUGGUAAUAGUCCAUUUGGAGGGCAAUCAUUUGGAUUUGGAAAUAAUGGAUUCACAUUUCAAACAUUUGGAGGGGGAGAACCUCCAUUUAUGAGACACAGAAGAACGCAUCAUAGACCAAGAGAAGGUCAAUCACAGGAUAAUACUGCUCAACAGUCUGAAUCCUCCUUAUCUGAUCAACUUCGGGCAUUGUUACCGUUGUUAUUCAUUUUAAUUAUUCCUAUUUUGUCUGCAUUAUUUGGUAGUGAACUGUCUAAUCCAGAAUACUCAUUUGCUCCAUCUUAUAAAUAUAAUAUUGAACGAAGAACACCAAAAUAUUCAAUUCCUUAUUAUGUUAAUAAUAAAUUCGAUGAAAAAUUUGCCAACAAAUCCCCAAAGCAAAUGAAGAACUUUGUCGAUAAAGUUGAAAGUAUAUAUGUUCAAGAUAAACGAUCCAAAUGUUCUCGUGAACAAAUCCAUAAAAAUGAAUUAAUGGAAGAUGCCCAGGGAUGGUUUUGGACAAAUGAAGAAAAAUUAAAACAGGCUGAAAAUAUGCCAAUGCCUAAUUGUGAUUAUUUAAGAGGGAUAGGAUUAAUAUAA